GCAGCAUAGCGCCUUCCGAUAAAUGGACGGUCGAGCCCCUCAAAUAAAAAUAUCAGGUUACUUAACUGGCUCGUCGGCUCUCAGGCUGCACCCCAAUAGACCUGCAAGACAUCGAGAGCACAAUUCGCCCGCAGUCUCAUAGAUUUCUGAACGCUCUGGUCCCGGGAAUAGCCGCGACCAUCAAUAUGGGUUCAGCACAGAAAUAUGAGCUGCCUUUUAAGCUCAACAACCCCGAUCUCCUACACAGCCUCUCCUUCGUACAUGGAGAAUGGAAGAAGUCGAAGUCAGGAAAGACUUUCGAAGUAGUGGAUCCUGGCACUGGAAAGGCAUGGACGGAAUGCCCGACCAACGACGCCUCGGACGUAGACGAAGCUGUGCAAAGCUCACAGAGAUGUUUCGAAGAGUACAAAAAGAUCAGCCCCCGGGCACGAGCGCAGAUGCUCUUCAAGUGGGACUCGCUCAUUCGCGAAAACAAGGAAGAUAUCGCCACGAUCCUUGUGUAUGAAACGGGCAAGCCGCGCGCUGAAGCUUACGGAGAAAUCGACUAUUCAACAGGCUUUACCUGGUGGUUCGCUGGAGAGGCAGAGCGGAUUCAAGGAUCUGUCUUCACGCCAGCCUUGCCAGAUCGACGUGUUUUCACCAUUAAACAACCGCUCGGCGUCGCUGCCGCAUUGGUUCCCUGGAACUUUCCUAUUGCCAUGAUCUUGAGAAAGGCCGGAGCUGCACUUGCGGCUGGAUGCACUAUGAUUGUGAAGCCCAGUCCUGAAACGCCCAUCACUAUUCUCACGCUAGCGUACCUUGCAGAUAAAGCCGGUUUCCCAAAAGGCGCCUUGAACGUUUUGACCACAAAUCUGGACAAGACGCCAGAGCUCAGCGAGGCUCUCUGCCGACAUGAUCUGGUCAAGAAGGUCUCAUUCACAGGAAGUACCCGUGUUGGAAAGCUGGUCGCAAAGAUCUGCUCCGACAACUUGAAGAAAGUCACUCUCGAAUUGGGUGGCAAUUGUCCAGUUCUCAUCUUCGACGACGCCAACGUCGACCAGGCCAUGGGUCAAAUCUUCGCGCUGAAAUACCGUCACGCUGGUCAGGCUUGCAUCACCGCUAACCGUAUCUAUGUACAAUCCGGCAUCUUCGAUAAUUUCCUCGAGCGGUGGAAUGCCGAGAGUCAGAAGAUCGUCGUCGGUCAUGGUGCAGAUAAAGAGACCACCAUGGGUCCUGUUACAACACCCCGAGGAAUUGAAAAAGCACUGGCUCUGGUGAACGAUGCCAAGUCAAAAGGAGCGCAAAUCCACACAGGCGGGAAUAAGAUAUCUAAGAACGGGGGCUACUUCUUCGAGCCUACUGUAAUCACCGGUGUCACUCCAGACAUGGACAUUGCCAGCGAAGAGAUCUUCGCGCCAGUGUGCACCUUCCUCAAGUUCGAUACGGAAGAAGAAGCGGUCAAAGCUGCCAACAACACUAGCAUGGGCCUGGCAUCUUACUGCUUCACUAAGAACGUCGAUCGUUUGUGGAGGCUGUUCGAGAACCUUGAAGCUGGAAUGAUUGGUCUUAACACUGGCAACUCUUCAGCCGCUGAAUCACCUUUUGGUGGCAUCAAGCAGUCUGGAUAUGGGAAAGAGUCGGGCAAGGACGUCGCAGUCGCCGAAUACCUGAUUACCAAGACGGGUACUUUCACACUGGAAGGGCAGUCCUAAACUGCUGCAGCGAGAUGGACGCUAUAUCAAUAACGAAGGUAGGUGAAUGUUGAUCACGCGCUUGCGUGGGCGGGUUUCAUAACCUUUCGCUCUCGUUGCAUAAUAUUCGAGCUUCUCUUUUCCCAGGCGGUAUCGAAGUUGGCAGAAUCCGAGGCAAAUGCUCUGCUUGUAUUGUGUCUCUAAAUUUCUCCCAAGUCGAAUUUGGGUCAGUUUCCUACUGUAGCUUCACUUGCAAACGCUGCCCGUAGCCAAUGCCGCUUUUGCAUGGUCGCUCCUUC